AUGAUUCCUACAAAGGAGAAACAUUUCAAAUGUACAGAGUGUGAGAAAAGCUUUAGAUAUAAGUCUCAUCUCCUAGAACACCACAACAUUUUCACAGGUGAGAAGCCACACACAUGUCCUGAGGGUCCUUUCACAUGUACAGAGUGUGAAGAAAGUUUUACACAAAUAAGUAGUCUGACAAAUCAUGAAAGGAUUCACACAGGGGAAAAGCCAUUCACAUGUACAGAGUGUCGAAAAAGUUUUACAGAAAAAAGUAAUCUGAGAAAACACGAAAGGAUUCACACAGGGGAAAAGCCUUUUACAUGUACAGAAUGUGGAAAAAGUUUUACACAAAAGAGUGAUCUGAAAAAGCAUGAAAGGAGUCACACAGGGGAAAAGCCUUUCACAUGUACAGAGUGUGGAAAAAGUUUUACACAAAAGAGUGAUCUGAAAAAGCAUGAAAGGAGUCACACAGGAGAAAAGCCUUUCACAUGUACAGAGUGUGGAAAAAGUUUUACACAAAUAAGUAGUCUGAAAAAGCAUGAAAUGAAUCACACAGGGGAAAAGCCUUUUACAUGUACAGUGUGUGGAAAAAGUUUUACAGAUAAGGGUAAUCUGAGAAAACAUGAAAGGAUUCAAAAGGGAAGAAACCUUUCGCAUGUUUAA